AUGAACGUGGUGCCAAGGAACGAGUACAAGAGCAGUGUGAGCAGUACUGGGGACGCUCUGCGGUCCGGUGCUGCUGGGGCCCCGCUAGCGACGCAGAUGAACGGGAGACACCCACUGGAGCAGCGUGUGGCGAAGUGGGAGGAGACGCAAAGGAAGAGGCAAUGGGAGCAGUACCGCCAGGUGUUCGGUGUCGCUGAGCCCAUGCGGCGUAAGAUGGAGUUGUCUAUCGUUGAGGCGACCGAUUUCCACCCGGCGAGGAACGAUGGGGCCCCCACGGCGUCGCACCAGGGGUCGAUGCACAGGGAUAUACUGCUGAAUAAGGGACGCAGAGGUCACGUUGGGAGGAAGUUUAUCUGCGGUGAGGGCCAGGGAGACGGUGCGAUGCAGGGCCCUGCUGCGCUGGCGAGGGCGGGGACGAUCCACGCACAGUUUGAGUCGAGGCUGGGACUCUGA